AUGGCCUCGGUGCCGCUCGGCGAUGCUGCCGCGCUGUUCGCCGCACUCGGUGACUUCUUCCACGUCGCCGUCCACUCCGUCCUCUACUACCGCCAACUCUAUCCCGAGCGCUCCUUUCUGUCGGCCACUGCCUUUGGCGUGCCCGUCCACCAGAGCCGCCACCCACAGGUGUGCGCCUGGGUUACCGACGCGGUGGACCAUGCCAUCGGGCAGCUGGCUGGUGGCGCCGUCGAGACCGUGGCCGUGGUUGUGCAUGCACCUUUUGGGGGUGCCCAUUCCCAUCCUAACCUUCCUCCUGGUGCUGUCCUCGAGCGCUGGGUCUUUGACGUCAGCCACGUGCCGGCCUGGCCGGGUGGCGCUGACGCCUUGCAGCAGGCUCUGCAUCCCAACGCCACCAAGAGUAUCAAGAGCUCCAAAAAAGGCCGCAGCCCCCAGAAGCGACCCCUGUCCGCCCGCAAAUUUCGGCCGCCUCGCGACUCCACGCUGCUGCCGGACGAAGACACCACCCCGUGGGACAGGACCGACGACGAGGACGGCUAUAGCGACGACAACAACAACAAUGACAACAAUGAUGACGACGAUGCAGAGUCCGAGGCCGAUCUCGACACCCGCAAUACUCCGCAAUCACGGCCUUCUGCCUCGGCCACCUCGGCUGACCUGCACCAACAGCUGCGGGCUGCCAUUCUGCGGCUCACCCAGACUGCCGCCUCCAAGGAACCGCUGCCACCACGAUGCACCUUCACCGUGGUCCUCGAGAUUGGUGAUGCCGCAGAAUUGCGCCAGCCCGGCCGGCCUGCCACAAAAAGAAGCACCGCCUGGAUCCCGGAAGAGACUGCCGGCACUAAGCGAAAAUGGGCGGCUGCCAGCUCUUCCACCACCACUAAUACCACCACCACCACCAUCCGCACCGUCGAUGCUGCUCCGCUCUUCAUGGAGUGCUGGGUCGAGCAGAGCGUGCUCACGAACAACAACGGUUCAGAAAAAACAUCCCCUGGCCUUCAUCUUCCCGUCAUCCCGCCGCCUCAUAUAAAAGGUCCGAUCGGCAAAACGGUCGCCUUUGACACCUGA